AUGAACCAGCUUUUUUUCCUCGUAAAGGUACUUUUUUUUAUGUACAGCCUCAGUGCAAAAAGCAUAAGCAGCUUGAAACACACGAAAACGAGUCUUCUUUUUGUACACACAAAUCAAGAUCUCCUUAACAACGACACAUUAAAUAUAUUGCGGAAUAAAACAAAUAUACAAAAUAAAAAAAAAUUUUCCAAAUUCAAAAUAUUGUCAUCGGGAAAGGAAAAUGAUGAAGGGUUGCAUUACCAGUUAACCCCAGAAAAUGUUGAAAAGGUAUUAAAUUUAAUAAGACCAAAAUUACAAAUAGAUAAUGGUGAUGUUGAAUUAGUAGACAUAAAAAAUAAUGAUCUGUAUAUCAGGCUGCUGGGGAAUUGUGUUACUUGUAGCUCAAAUAGUGUUACUGUUUCUCAGGUUAUUAAAAAAACGUUAAAAAUGUAUAUCCGGAAUGAAAAAAAUGAAGAGCCAAAUGUAUUAAUAACCAAUUUUGAUGAAAUAAAUAAGGAAAAUGUGCAGAAUUGUUUAAAUGAUCUAAAGCCAUAUUUUGAUUUUCUAAAAGUGGAAGUGAUAAUUAAAAAUGUGGUGCACAACAAGGAACAAAUUAACAACUCCAUUUCCCUGUUGUUCAAAAAUGUGGACAACGAAAGUGAAGAAGUAAAUAUACCAUUCAAUAUCAGAAGCGAAAUAACAGAAAGACUAAAGCAAAAAUUCCCGUCAUUGACUGUUAAUUUUGAAAAUUAA